UAAAGGACUGAGAGACGCUACCAUGGUGGAGGAAGGGGCCAAAUGUUCACCGGGGUACAGGAAGCUGCCAUUGUAAACUUGGUUUUGGAAAAUAAUGAAAUCAGAUUACGGGAAAUUCAAAGCCACAUCAUCCAAGACAACACCAUAUUCAACAACAUUCAACGUGUCAGUCUUUCCACAUUGGCUCGCAUUCUCAAGCGAAACCAAAUCGGAAUGAAACAACUUUAUAAGGUGCCUUUUGAGAGAAACUCUCAAAGAAACAAAGAGCUCAGACGAGCGUAUGUGGAUAGAGUACUGGAAAUGGAUGCUCAUGCAAUCCCACAUGAGUUCAUCUUUAUAGAUGAGGCUGGGUUCAACCUAGCAAAGACCAGAAGAAGGGGAAGAAACAUCAUCGGCCACAGAGCCAUUAUAGAUGUUCCUGGCCAACGUGGUGGGAACAUCACAAUGUGCGCUGCCAUCUCCAGUACGCAUGGUGUCCUCCACCGUCAUGCCAACCUUGGACCAUACAACACAGCCCAAAUUCUCACAUUUCUGGACAGACUCCACAACAUUCUCAUACCACCAGAGCGUAUGAAUGAUGCAGACCAUCAAAGAAACCGGUACGUUGUAGUAUGGGACAACGUGAGCUUUCAUCGUGCAGCCCCAGUCCAAAACUGGUUUGCUGACCACCCAGCAUUUCUCGUGCAAUACCUCCCACCAUACUCGCCAUUUCUGAACCCCAUAGAAGAGUUCUUUUCGGCAUGGCGGUGGAAGGUAUACGACCAGCAGCCCUUUGUGCGCAUGCCUCUUGUACAGGUUAUGGAAGAGGCAUGUGACGAAAUUGAUGUGGGUGUGAUUCAGGGAUGGAUAAGGCACUCAAGGCGCUUCUUCCCUCGAUGUCUGGCAAGAGAAGAUAUUGCCUGUGAUGUGGACGAGGCGUUGUGGCCAGACCCAGCUGUGCGGCAAGAUGCUGCCUAAUUAUUUUUCUUGCCUCUUUUUUUUCCAACAUUUUUUCUGCACACUUCUUCUGCAGUUUUCUUUUUCAGUGUACUGUUUUU